AUGAUAAAAAAACAUUUAAAAAGACAAUUCCAUUUUCAAAACAAUUUGUUGGAAUUAAACAAUACAUCUUCUAGUGUUGCUACUGCUGACAACAAUGUAUCAUCAGAUGCUGCGGAAUAUAAUUUAGACUUGUCUAAGGAGGACGGAAAAGGUUCAGAUUUCUUCUACACUGUAAAGGAUAAGAAAUUUAGAUUUAUUUCACUAAGAGAUUACUUUUCUCUUGCUUUAAUUACUAAAAUUUAUAAUGAAAUUAUGAUGGUAAAUUUUCCUAUUGAAUCCGAAUUAGAUCCUUUAGAAGUUUGGGUUAACAAUUUGACUCACAAGGGUAAUCGUGUUUUUGUUCCACUUAUGCACAUUAUGGUUGCAUAUGAAGUUAAUGGAAAGGACGAUAAGGAGAUGAGAUAUGAAAAUAUUGCAGGCAUUUCUGUUUUUGAGUAUUAUGAAAUGUCUCAAUGUGCUUUAUUCACAUACUUUGUCGUUUGUGAAAAAUAUAGAAACUAUGGUUUGGGAAAAACUCUUGUUUAUCAAGCUUAUGAAUAUUGCAAAUAUGAAUUAUAUGCAAAAAGAAAGCCGAACAGAUGGGAAGCACUUAAUAAUGCUUUAAUGCAUGUAAGAAAUUGGAAUGUUGGUGAUGAAACUAUUCUUCAAUUAACCAAAACUCAAAAAGGUCAACUUCAAUUUGCUCAACAAUAUAUUGAAUUGUGUUUGGAUGAUGCUCGCGUUAAAGCAAGCGAUUCUAAUUUGAAGAAGGUUCUUGAAAAAGAAGAUGACGAAUUUUACUUUUUUGCUGAAACAAAUGCUAUUGGAGUUGAUGAUGGUGUCAUGAAAUCGGAAGACAGACACAAGAUUAUGAGAAAUAUUGGUUUUUGUGUUGUUGAUUACGAAUAUAUUCAACCACCUGUUUGUACUGAUGAGGAUGCCAUGUACUGUGACGAUUUACUUUUACUUUCAUUGGAAGUUGAAGAUGAUAGAUGUAAAAUCAAGUCUACAGAACCAAUAAGACAUGUUCCAAGAUUUAAACUGAAAUGUUGGACAAUGGAAUUAUUAUUCUCAGUUUUUAGAGAAAUUUAUCCUCCAAUUACAGCUGACUUUUUCCAAUAUCAAUGGCAAGAUUUGGAUGCUCGUGGUCCAAGAAUACCCAUCUAUACUGACUUGGAAAAGUGGAAGAGAAGAACUGAAUUAUCAAAAUACAAACGUGAUGAAUCUAGGUUGUCUAAAUUGUAA